AUGGACGUGAUUGCCAUGUACGUGGUUACCCACCUCCAAAAUGACAUCACUGUCCUCACCAAGCUCAUCAGUUGCUGUGCUUUCCAUCCUUCUGCUACCUUUAUGGACCAUGCCCACCAACUGUUCGACCAAAUUCUCCAACCAGACAUUGUGGUCUUCAACUCCCUGGCCUGUGGAUACUCCCGCUCCAAUGCCCCUCUUCAGGCCAUUUUGCUAUUUUCUGAUACACUAUGCUCUGGCAUUGUCCCUGAUGACUAUUCCUUCCCUUCUCUUCUCAAGGCAUGUGCAAGCUCUAAGGCAUUGCAAGAAGUUAAACAAUUGCAUUGCCUUGCUACCAAACUUGGUCUCAACCAUAACAUAUAUGUAUGUCCCACAUUGAUAAAUAUGUAUACCGAGUGCAAUGAUGUGAACGCAGCUCGUGUCUUUGAUAAGAUAGCUGAGCCUUGUGUUGUUUAUUAUAAUGCAAUAAUCACAGGAUAUGCUCGAAGUAGUCGGCCCAAUGAGGCGUUGUCAUUGUUUCGCGAAUUGCAAGCGAGUGAUCUCAAGCCUACUGAUGUCAAAACUGCUCUUAUAGAUAUGUAUGCAAAGUGUGGAAGCUUGGAUUAUGGCAUGAUGCAGUUUGCGAACGUGUCUGUAAGAGAUACACAGGCUUGGUCAGCCAUGGUUAUGGAAUAUGCAACUCAUGGGCAUGGUUCCAAAGCCAUAUCAUUGUUUGAAGAAAUGAAGACCACUAGUUACAGCUUAUUGGCCUUUUCCAAUUACCUUCGUCUAUAG